AUCAGAAGGCAUAAACUUUAUACAGACUUGGAUCAGGUUCACGAGUCAAGGCAGGAACAAAAGAAAAGCCAUGUCGUUGCUGAUGAAAUUUCUAUUCCCACCUUCUCUGUUCGUGACUGCAACAUCUCUAAUAUCUUUUACACCGUUGGUGAUUUCUGGGUUAUCAGAAAAAAGAGGGAAACAUUUGCAAUAUUCUAAGUUCUUUGGCGUUGGGUCACAAACUUCUGCAGAAUCGAAGAUAAAGCUUUCCAGUAGAGCUGCCAUGGUUACGCUCUAUACACCAGCUUUCCUUGCCGGGGUCUUUUCGUUUGCAAUGUUCCCAGAUGAGGGUCUCAGGUUUUUGUUGCUCAAAUCUGCCAUUACCAUCCAUUUCUUCAAGAGGAUUUUGGAGUCCUUGUUUGUUCACAAGUACAGUGGUGAAAUGGCUAUUGACUCAAUGGUAACCAUACUUCUCAGUUACUUAAUAUCCAGUGCACUCAUGAUCUUUUCCCAACACCUCACGGUGGGACUUCCAGUGCCAGCAAUUGAUUUGAUGUGUCCUGGAAUUCUUUUGUUUUCAAUAGGCAUAAGUGGUAAUUUCUACCAUCAUUACCUUCUUUCCAAAUUGAGAGGCAAAGGGGCCAAAGAAUAUAAGAUCCCCAAGGGUGGGCUGUUCGACUUUGUGACAUGCCCUCACUAUCUAUUCGAGGUUCUAGUGUUUUGGGGGUUUGCCUUCAUUUCCCAAACUUUGAAUUUGUUUUCAUUUGCUCUAGGCACCACCUUUUACUUGAUGGGCAGGAGUUAUGCCACUAGGAGAUGGUACCUUUCCAAGUUUGAAGAUUUUCCUGAGAAAGUCAAGGCUAUGAUUCCAUUUGUGUUCUAGAUUCUAGAUAUGAUUGUGAGCUAUAUUUCGGUUUUUUGUUUUUUGAAAUAAAAUCAAUAUAUUUUUUGGAA